AUGACUAUAUCAACUCUUAGUAACGAUACUGCAAAAAGCAGUUCUUGCAGCGGCAACAGCAAGAAUGGCGGGAAGGACUUUACCUAUGGGAAGAAGUGCUUCACCAAGGAGGAAUGGAAAGAGCAGGUGGCCAAGUAUUCGGCCAUGGGCGAGCUCUAUGCAAAUAAGACUAUACAUUAUCCGCUGAAAAUCCAACCCAACAGUAGUGGCGGUGCGAAGGACGAGGGUUUUGCCACCAUACAGACGACACCGAUAGAGCCCACACUGCCUCGGCUUCUGUUGAACUAUUUUGUCUCUAUGGCUUAUGAGGACUCGAGCAUUAGGAUGGCCAAGGAGCUUGGAUUUAUACGGAACAAUAAAGAUAUUGCACUUUUCAAUGAUUUGUACAAGAUCAAAGAGCGUUUUCACAUCAAACAUCUUAUCAAGCUGGGGCGCAUCAAUGAUGCAAUGGAGGAGAUAAACUCUAUCUUUGGGCUGGAGGUGUUGGAAGAAACUUUCAAUGCUACGGGAAGUUAUGCGGGUAGAUCGGACAGGCAGCAGCAGCAGCAGCAGCAGUUCGACAUAGAUGGAGACUUACAUUUUAAACUGCUGUUGCUGAACUUGAUUGAGAUGAUAAGAAGCCACCAUCAACAGGAGGACGCCUCCAAGGACUCGAACGAUUUUAUACUCAAUCUAAUUCAGUAUUCUCAAAAUAAACUUGCCAUAAAGGCUUCGUCGAGUGUCAAAAAGAUGCAGGAGUUAGAAUUAGCAAUGACUUUACUACUUUUCCCCUUAUCAGAUUCGAUGCAUAGCGGCAGCAUCAGGCUACCCAAAUCUUUACAAAACUUGUACUCGAUAUCUUUAAGAUCUAAAAUAGCCGAUCUAAUUAAUGAGAAACUGUUAAAGUUUAUUCAUCCAAGGAUUCAAUUCGAGAUCAACAAUAAUAAUUCCAAAUUCCCUGACUUGCUAAAUUCCGACAAAAAAAUCAUUACUCAGAACUUCACGGUGUAUAAAAACAAUCUCAUCAAUGGUUCAAAUGGUACAAAAAUAAACCACAUUUCUUCUGACCAACCUAUUCACGAUAAGAUGGCAAGCAACGAGGCCGCGGCUGCUGCUAAUUCAGUCUGGCUGAAUCAAGGGGACGGGAAUGUCGGCACAGGUUCAGCGGCGAGGACUUUCCAUAACUUAGAAAAUAAAAACUACUGGAAUCAAACUUCCGAAUUGCUCUCCUCUUCAAAUUCAAAGACAAAAGGUUUAGAGUUCAAUAAUUACUAUUCUUCUGAAUUUCCCUAUGAGCCGAGACUAACGCAAAUAAUGAAAUUGUGGUGUUGGUGCGAAAAUCAGCUUCAUCACAACCAAAUAGGUGUGCCUAGGGUAGAAAACUGA